CAUUUUCCCCUAAACCCUAAUCAUCCGCAAUCUGGAAACAUCACUCUGAGCUGCAUUCGUUGCAGGCUCUCCAUUGCCGCCAUCUAAAUUCAGAGACCUCCGCCUUAGAAAUAGUGAAUUUGUAUCCAUUUCUGUAAAUUGCGAGUUCUGCAAUGGAAUCUCUGGUUUCAAUCGCCGGAGAGGUCUCUACCCCGUCCCCUAAGAAACGGGUCGCGAUCUUCCGCCAUGAGGUCCCUUCCAUUAUCGCCAAUUCAGAUAUGGCUCCUGAAUUCAUAUCAAUUUUGGUGGAUAUAAUAUUUAAAACAUUAGCCAUUUAUGAUGAUCGAGGAUCGAGGAAAGCUGUUGAUGAUUUGAUUGUGAAGGCUUUACAUGAGGUUGCAUUUAUGAAAAGUUUUGCUGCAGCUCUUGUUCAGAUGAUGGAGAAGCAGUCAAAGUUUCAAUCUCAUGUAGCCUGCUACAGGCUACUGAAGUGGUCGUGCCUCCUUUUAAGUAGGAGCAAUUUUGCUGCAGUUUCAAGAAAUGCACUAUGCAGAGUUGCUGCAGCUCAGGCAUCUUUGCUUAAUAUUGUUAUGCAAAGAUCUUUCUGUGAGCGAAGGGCAUGCAUAAAAGCAAUGUUUCAUUUAUUUUCUCAGACACCAGACAUCUACAAUAUCUACAUAGAGGAAAUAAAAGAUGCACAUAUCCCUUACAAAGAUAGUCCUGAAAUGCUACGUUUACUAUUGGAUUUCUCAUCUAAAACACCAUUUAAGUUUGAACAGUGCAAGCCAAUAUUUCAGGACAUCUAUGUCAAAGCAGUUUUAAAUGCCAAAGAAAAGCCAACAAGAGGGCUCAGUGAAUCUUUUUGUAUGAUAUUUGCACGCAUGUCACAUGAAGAUUUCCAAAGUACUAUACUCCCAGCUGCUGUAAAAAUGUUGAAACGCAACCCUGAAAUUGUAUUGGAGUCUGUUGGAAUUCUCCUAAAGGCCAUUGAUCUUGAUUUGAGCAAGUAUGCAGUCGAAAUUCUUUCUGUUGUAUUACUGCAGGCUCGUCAUUCAGAAGAUGGUAGAAGGCUGGGGGCAUUGACUAUAGUACACUGCUUGACCCAAAAGUCUAGUAAUCCAGAUGCUUUUGAAUCAAUGUUUAAUGCUAUCAAAGCUGUGAUUGGAGGCUCAGAAGGAAGGUUACAGUUUCCUUACCAAAGAAUUGGCAUGAUCAAUGCUUUACAGGAAUUGUCUAAUGCUCCUGAAGGGAAGUAUCUCAACAACCUCUCAUGUAUUGUAUGUGGCUUCCUAUUAUCUUGUUACAAGGAUGAAGGGAAUGAAGAUGUAAAACUAGCAAUACUUGCAGCUAUUUCCUCUUGGGGAGCCCAUUUUUCUAAUGCAGUUCAAUCAGAUUUAGUAUCUUUUAUUUCUUCUGGCCUUAAGGAGAAGGAAGCUUUGAGAAGGGGCCAUCUUCGUUGUUUACAAGCUAUCUGCAGAAGACCUGAUUCUCUUUUGCAGAUCUCAUCAUUGCUUGGGCCUCUUCUUCAACUUGUAAAGACAGGUUUCACAAAAGCUGCACAACGUCUAGAUGGCAUAUAUGCAUUGCUCAUAGUUGGAAAAAUUGCAGCCUCUGAUAUUAAAGCAGAGGAGACUGUAGUGAAGGAGAAGAUUUUGUCAUUGAUAUCUCAGAAUGAGCCCUCACUCGUACCAAUUUCCUUGGCCUUAAAAUUGUCAAUUGAAGAUUGUACAGUGUGUGUGGAUCUUCUUGAGGUGCUACUUGUUGAACAUUCACACAGAGUGUUAGAAUCUUUCUCAGUAGAAUUGUUGUCACAGUUUCUGCUGUUUUUAAUAUGCCAUGCAAGCUGGGAUGUACGUAAAAUGGCUUAUGAUGCUACCAGGAAGAUAGUUAGAGCUGUCCCAAAGUUCUCAGAAGUUCUUUUUUCUGAGUUCACAAAUUUUCUUUCUCAUGUUGGAGAGAGAAUUUCUAUGUUAAAGUCAAGUGAUGCAGAUAAUUCUUUAGAUGGUCAAGGUCCUAGCCUUCCGUCUGUUGAGGUUUUGGUGAAGGCAUUGGCAGUUAUAUCAUCUACAACACUUGGUACAAGUCAAAGUGUAUCCACUCAAGUUAUAUUCUGCUCUCACCAUCCAUGCUUACUUGGAACUGCAAAAAGAGAUGCAGUUUGGAGGAGGAUCAGGAAAUGUUUGCAAAAAUUUGGCUUUGAUGUCAUUGGCAUUGUUCAUGCUGAAGUUGGAAACAUAUGCAAGGGUCUGCUAGGACCAAUGGGAUUAAUGUGUGGUAAUCCACUUGAACAGAAAGCAGCUAUAAACUCUUUGUCAACUUUGAUGUCAAUAGCCCCAGAAGAUACCUAUGCUGAGUUUCAAAAGCACCUUGUGAACCUUCAAGACUGGCGAUCACAUGAUAUGCUGUCAGAAAAUGACAUGCAGAUUUUUCGAACUCCUGAAGGGAUCCUUUCCACUGAGCAAGGGGUUUAUAUAGCAGAAUCCAUUGGUGCUAAGAAUGGAAAACAAGCAAAGGAUCAUGUCAAUUCUAACCAUUCUGUGAAGAGAGAACCUGCUGGUGCUGGGAAAAAGGAUACUGGAAAGCCAACAAAAAAAGCUGAGAAGGGAAAGACUGCAAAAGAGGAGGCACGAGACCUGUUGCUCAGAGAAGAGGCAUCUAUACGUGAUAAUGUUCGCGAAAUACAGAAGAAUCUGUCUUUUAUGCUGAGUGCUUUGGGGGACAUGACAAUUGCCAAUCCUAUAUUUGCGCACAGUCAACUACCUUCCCUGGUUAAGUUUGUGGAUCCUUUGCUACGGUCUGCAAUUGUAAGUGAUGUUGCUUUUGAUACAUUGGUGAAGCUAGCUAGAUGCACAGUGAACCCGCUGUGUAAUUGGGCUCUUGAUAUAGCUACUGCUUUACGUCUAAUUGGGACCGAUGAAGCUCAGCUGGAGUUGGAACUGAUUCCUUCUGUUGAUGAUGGAGAAGCUAGUGAAAGACCAUCAUUGAAUCUUUUUGAGAGAAUAAUAAAUGGAUUGUCUUUGUCUUGUAAAUCUGGACCUCUUCCUGUGGACUCCUUCACUUUUGUCUUCCCUAUAAUGGAGCGGAUUCUGUUAGCAUCCAGGAAAACUGGACUUCAUGAUAAUGUUCUUCAAAUUCUUUAUUUGCACUUGGAUCCUCUUUUGCCCAUUCCUAGAGUUCGGAUGAUAUCAGUUCUUUACCAUGCUCUAGGUGUUAUUCCAGCUUAUCAAGCAUCAAUUGGGCCCGCAUUGAAUGAAUUGUGUCUUGGCCUGCAGCCAAAUGAAGUUGCAUCUGCCUUGUACGGAAUAUAUGCGAAAGAAACACAUGUUAGAAUUGCCUGCUUAAAUGCUGUAAAGUGCAUUCCAGCUGUUUCUAAUCGGGCUCUUGAACAAAAUGUUGAAGUUGCUACAAAUAUUUGGAUUGCUUUGCACGAUACAGAAAAGUCAAUUGCAGAAGCUGCAGAAGAUAUAUGGGACCGCUAUGGAUAUGACUUUGGGACUGACUAUUCAGGAAUUUUCAAGGCGCUUUCACAUAUAAAUUAUAAUGUACGUUUGGCUGCUGCGGAGGCCUUAUCUGCUGCCGUGGAUGAGAACCCAGAAACUAUACAGGAAACUCUUUCUACCUUGUUUUCCUUGUACAUCCGUGAUGCUGGUUUUGCGGAGAACAAUGUUGAUGCUAGUUGGAUAGGCAGACAAGGAAUAGCACUGGCAUUGCUUUCUGUUGCUGAUGUGUUAGGAACAAAAGACCUUCCUGUUGUAAUGACAUUUCUAAUAUCUCGGGCACUGGCUGAUCCCAAUUUUGAUGUUCGUGGAAGAAUGAUUAAUGCUGGUAUUAUGAUAAUCGAUAAGCAUGGAAGAGAUAAUGUUUCCCUGUUAUUCCCAAUUUUUGAGAAUUACUUAAAUAAGAAGGCUUCAGAUGAAGAAAAAUAUGAUUUGGUUCGUGAAGGUGUGGUUAUUUUUACUGGAGCUCUGGCAAAACAUUUGGAAAAGGAUGAUCCUAAAGUUCAUUCUGUUAUUGAGAAGCUGUUGGAAGUGUUAAAUACUCCUUCAGAAGCUGUUCAAAGAGCAGUAUCAAUGUGCCUUUCUCCUUUGAUGCAAUCAAAACAAGAGGAUGCAGCGACACUUGUUUCUAGGCUGUUGGAUCAGCUGAUGAAGAGCGACAAAUAUGGGGAAAGACGUGGUGCAGCUUUUGGACUUGCUGGAGUGGUUAAGGGACUUGGAAUUACUUGCUUGAAGAAGCAUGGGAUUGCAGCUGCAUUACGACAAGGACUUGCAGAUAGAAAUUCUGCUAAAUCUCGUGAAGGAGCUCUGCUAGCAUUUGAGUGCCUUUGUGAAUGUCUUGGGAGAUUAUUUGAACCGUAUGUUAUUCAAUUGUUACCAUUGCUCUUGAUUUCCUUUUCUGAUCAAGUUGUUGCUGUUCGAGAAGCUGCUGAAUGUGCUGCCCGUGCAAUGAUGUCUCAACUUAGUGCACAGGGAGUGAAGCUUGUUCUUCCAUCUCUUUUAAAGGGUCUUGAAGAUAAAGCUUGGAGAACAAAGCAAAGUAGUGUACAGCUACUUGGUGCUAUGGCUUACUGUGCUCCACAGCAACUUUCACAGUGCCUUCCCAAGAUUGUGCCUAAACUGACAGAGGUAUUAACAGAUACCCAUCCCAAGGUCCAGUCAGCAGGACAGAUGGCCCUUCAGCAGGUUGGAAGUGUAAUAAAAAAUCCAGAGAUAUCAUCACUUGUCCCUACUCUGCUUAUGGGUCUUACGGAUCCCAAUGACUAUACUAAAUAUUCUCUUGAUAUUCUCCUCCAAACAACUUUUGUUAAUUCAAUUGAUGCUCCUUCCCUUGCACUAUUGGUGCCAAUAGUACAUAGAGGAUUAAGAGAGAGGAGCUCCGAUACUAAAAAGAGAGCUGCACAAAUAGUUGGAAAUAUGUGUUCUUUAGUUACAGAGCCCAAGGAUAUGAUACCUUACAUUGGAUUGCUCCUUCCUGAAGUGAAAAAGGUUCUUGUUGAUCCCAUUCCAGAAGUUCGGUCUGUUGCAGCUAGGGCCAUUGGUUCUCUUAUAAAAGGAAUGGGAGAAGAAAACUUCCCAGAUCUUGUUCCAUGGUUGUUUGAGACACUAAAAUCAGAUGGUAGUAAUGUUGAGCGCUCUGGAGCUGCUCAAGGGUUGAGUGAGGUUUUAGCUGCACUUGGUACAGAGUACUUUGAGCAAAUACUUCCUGAUAUUAUUCGAAGCUGUUCACAUCAAAAAGCAUCUGUACGUGAUGGAUAUCUGACGCUUUUCAAGUAUUUACCAAGGUCAUUAGGAGUUCAGUUCCAGAACUACUUGCAGCAAGUCCUACCUGCCAUUCUAGAUGGGCUUGCAGAUGAGAAUGAAUCUGUGCGUGAUGCAGCUCUUGGUGCUGGGCAUGUCCUAGUGGAGCAUUAUGCAACCACGUCUUUGCCUCUUCUCCUUCCAGCCGUAGAAGAUGGCAUCUUUAGUGAUAGUUGGCGAAUCAGACAAAGCUCUGUAGAACUGUUGGGAGAUCUCUUGUUUAAGGUUGCUGGCACUUCUGGGAAAGCUUUACUUGAAGGUGGCAGUGAUGAUGAAGGUGCUAGUACUGAAGCACAUGGGCGUGCUAUCAUUGAGGUUCUAGGAAGGGAUAAGCGCAAUGAAGUCCUUGCUGCAUUAUAUAUGGUUAGAACAGAUGUCAGCAUAACAGUUCGUCAGGCUGCUUUACAUGUGUGGAAAACUAUUGUGGCAAAUACGCCUAAGACUCUCAAAGAAAUAAUGCCAGUCUUGAUGAGUACUCUGAUUACUUCUCUGGCAUCAUCAUCAUCUGAAAGGAGACAGGUUGCUGGCCGAUCAUUGGGAGAGCUUGUCAGGAAGCUUGGUGAAAGAGUACUUCCUCUCAUCAUCCCAAUUUUAUCCCAGGGGCUAAAGGAUACAGAUGCUAGUAGAAGACAAGGUGUGUGCAUUGGUUUGAGUGAAGUGAUGGCAAGUGCCGGCAAAAGUCAGUUGUUGAGUUUCAUGGAUGAGUUGAUACCUACCAUUCGGACAGCCCUAUGUGAUAGUGUCCCUGAGGUUCGUGAGUCAGCAGGCUUGGCAUUCAGUACUCUCUACAAGAGUGCUGGUAUGCAAGCAAUUGAUGAAAUUGUUCCAACACUUUUGCAUACACUGGAGGAUGAUGAGGCUUCAGAUACUGCUCUUGAUGGUCUCAAACAGAUUUUAAGUGUCAGGACAACUGCUGUCUUGCCUCAUAUUUUACCCAAGCUAGUGCAGCGCCCCCUUUCCGCCUUCAAUGCCCAUGCUCUUGGAGCUUUAGCAGAGGUUGCUGGUCCUGGCCUUAACUUACAUCUUGGAACUGUCCUUCCUGCUUUACUCUCUGGAAUGGGUGGUGAUGACUUGGAGGUCCAAACUUUGGCUAAGGAAGCUGCAGAAACAGUGAUUUUGGUUGUAGACGAAGAAGGAAUUGAACCUUUAAUAUCAGAGCUUCUUAGGGGAGUUGGUGACAGUCAGGCUUCUGUUAGAAGAAGUUCAUCAUAUUUGAUAGGAUACUUGUUCAAAAACAGCAAAUUGUGUUUAGAUGAAGCUCCAAAUAUGAUAUCCACCUUGAUUGUUUUACUUAGUGAUUCAGAUUCAGCCACUGUUGCGGUUUCUUGGGAAGCUUUAUUAAGGGUUGUCAGUUCAGUUCCAAAGGAGGUACUUCCUUCAUAUAUAAAGCUAGUACGUGAUGCAGUAUCUACAGCUAGGGACAAAGAACGUAGAAGAAAGAAGGGAGGACCAGUUCUCAUUUCUGGAUUCUGUCUUGCAAAAGCUCUUCAGCCAGUGCUUCCAAUCUUUCUUCAGGGUCUAAUUAGUGGAUCAGCUGAAUUAAGAGAGCAGGCGGCUCUGGGUCUUGGAGAGGUUAUCGAAGUGACCAGCGAACAGGCACUGAAGGAGUUUGUGAUUCCUAUAACAGGACCUCUUAUUCGAAUCAUAGGUGACCGCUUCCCAUGGCAGGUCAAGAGUGCAAUUUUGUCUACAUUAAGCAUACUAAUCAGAAAGGGUGGGAUGGCGCUCAAACCUUUUCUUCCUCAGCUACAAACAACAUUUAUUAAGUGCCUACAAGAUAAUAUGAGGACUGUCCGUUCAAGUGCUGCUCUUGCCUUGGGAAAGCUGAGUGCACUAAGUACUAGGGUUGAUCCAUUAGUCACUGACCUUCUAUCUAGUUUGCAGGCUUCAGAUUCUGGGAUUAGGGAGGCCAUUUUGACUGCUUUAAAAGGUGUAGUAAAGCAUGCAGGGAUGAGUGUCAGUGCUGCUGUUAGAAUUCGCGUCUAUACUCUUUUAAAAGAUUUAAUUCAUAAUGAUGAUGACCAAGUUCGUACAUUGGCUGCUAGUGUAUUGGGUAUUAUAUUGCAGUACAUGGAAGAGGAUCAGCUGUAUGACCUGCUUCAAGCACUCCUAGAAAUGGCCUGUUCUUCAAAUUGGGCUUCCAGGCAUGGCUCAGUUCUCACAUUAUCGUCCUUGCUCAGGCAUAAUCCUUCGAAAAUUUUAGUGUCUCCAGAAUUACCAUCAAUCAUACAGUGCCUUAAAGGCACCUUGAAAGAUGAUAAGUUUCCUCUUCGUGAAACUUCAACCAAGGCCCUUGGGAGGCUUCUUCUUCAUCAAGUUCAAAGCAGUGCUUCUAACUCAGCUGUAGUUGUGGAUAUUCUUUCUGCAAUGGUAUCAGCUUUGCAUGAUGACUCCAGUGAGGUCAGGAGAAGGGCAUUAUCUGCCAUAAAAGCAGUUUCCAGAGUAAAUCCUUCAGCCAUUGCUGUCCAUCUUUCAAUUAUUGGCCCUGCUCUUGCUGAAUGUUUAAAGGAUGGAAGCACUCCUGUGAGACUUGCAGCUGAAAGAUGUGCUUUGCAUACCUUCCAGUUGACAAAGGGCACGGAAUAUGUUCAGGCUGCACAAAAAUAUAUAACAGGUUUGGAUGCCAGACGGUUAUCAAAACUUUCAGAGCACAGUGAUGACAGUGAAGACAGUGAAGAUGACUCUACUAGCAGCUGAAAGUUUUGUUGCUUGUCAUAUAUAUAAAUAUUUUUUUUUAUUUUUCCUCAAGAAUGGUAUUAAAAAAGUAUUGAUACCAAGGAAGUCUCGAGCCAAUUUCCGCGACAUCCAUGUUUGUUCAUGAGGAAGUUCAGAUGCACAGAGAGGACCAAUACCAAAAUUUGUUGCAUACAGCUCCUCAUAAUAUCAGUCGUAAUACGUAUUUGCUGAUGCGUGUAAUAUGGAAAACCUUAGGCUCUUUUCAGCUGCCAUAAAUUUUGUACGAAAUUUUGAAAUUCAAAUUGAAUGAAAGUUUGGUCUAAAAGAGUUGACUCUCAUUUAUCCAGCGUCAGAUAGUCGAGAAAAUUGUCGUAUCUCAAUUUUCUGAAUAGCCGUGGACGAUACAAUGAGGCCUAGAGGGGAUUUGAGGUUGUGUUGAAAUUUCUUUAUUAUGCAAAAAUUGGUAAUUCACUAGCUGUAUCCCUGAACAUAUAUGUACGUACUUGGAAUUUUUUUUUAAUUUUUAUCUUAAAUUAUAUAAUAAGAAUUAAAACUUUGU